AAAGGGGCCGAAGGAAUGGGCCCAAAACCGUAAGGAAAUUGAGGGAAAUAAGAAAAAAUAGCUUUCUAGAAAGAAUGAAGGAGAAACCAAUGUCGUUCACUCACCAUGCGUCAAUUGAAAUGCGACCUCCCGCAACAGAAUAUCCGUAGAAGGAGACCGGCAGCAAGGGGGCGGUCGCCAAAACGCGCGUUCAACGCCAAUAUAUCUCAACGGUGCAGCAACGAGGUAGGGGAAAGAAAAUCGCUCAGGGCUGAUCAAAAAUGAUAGAUAGCGGAGCUUAUGUAGGUUGCAGGCAAGUAGGCAGGCAGGCAAGCCGAAAAAGAAGCAGGCGUGGAGUUUAAUUGUAUGUAUGUCUGUAUGUACGCUGUAGGUAUUCAACGCCACGGUAGACAGAAGUAGAAAGG